UUCCUUCUCUUUGCUGCGCGCUGUGUUUUCACUGCCGCACUUUUUCUCCAUUAACAAGGAGAAACCCAAGCUUCAAUUCAUCUCUAUCAAUCUUUCUUCAGUCUAAUAUUAUUAUGCCUUCAAUAGCACUUUCUGAUAUCAACUUCAUGGACGAAGUUAAAGAGAAGAAGAUUAAGAAAGAGAAGAAGAUUAAGCUAGAAGUAGAAAAUGGCGGCACCGAUAAUGGAACCCCAGCAGCUUCUCCUUCAUCAGAGAAGAAGAAAAGUAAGAAAAUUUCUGAUGAUAGUGAUGAUUCCAUGAAAGGGGCAUCUACAGAGAAGAAAAAAAAGAAAAAGAGGAAAGCUGAUGAAGAAGGGCAGGAGGAUGCUGGUGAAAUUGAAAAUGGGUCUGCGUCUGUUGUUGAGAAUGGAACUGUUAAGAAAUCUAAGAAACAGAAAGGGAAUGAUGGAGCUGCUGUUGUUAAAGAUGAUGUCGAAAAAGAGGAUCCUAAUGCACUGAAGAAUUUUAGGAUCUCUGCACCAUUGAAAGCCAAGCUGGAAGCUAAUAAUAUUAAAGCACUUUUUCAGAUUCAAACUAUGACUUUUAAUGAUGUUCUUGAUGGGUUUGAUUUAGUCGGUAGAGCUCGUACUGGUCAGGGAAAAACUCUUGCAUUUGUGUUGCCAAUAUUGGAAUCCUUAAUUAAUGGUCCCACAAAAGAUUCACGGAGGACAGGUUACGGAAGGUCCCCAAGUGUUCUGGUUCUUUUACCCACAAGGGAAUUGGCACAUCAGGUGGCUGCCGACUUUGAGUUAUAUGGUAAAUCACUUGGGUUAACUACCUGCUGUGUAUAUGGUGGAUCUCCUUACGGUCCUCAAGAAGGUGCACUGAGAAGGGGGGUUGAUAUUGUUAUUGGAACUCCUGGAAGAAUAAAGGAUCAUGUCGAGAGGGGAAACCUUGACUUUGGCUCAUUAAAGUUCCGUGUACUUGAUGAAGCUGAUGAGAUGCUUGACAUGGGUUUUCUUGACGAUGUUGAACUUAUUCUCGGAAAGGUUAAAGAUUUGAAGACAGUCCAGACACUCCUCUUCAGUGCUACAUUACCACCAAGGAUUAAAAAUAUUACUACUAGGUUUUUGAAACCCGACAAGAAGAUUGUAGACCUUGUUGGAAAUGAGAAAAUAAAGGCCAGUGUAAAUGUUAGGCAUAUUGUCAUGCCAUGCUCUAGAGAUGCCAGAGCAACAGUCAUUCCUGAUGUAAUUCGCUGUUAUGGCAGUGGCGGCAAGGUAAUAGUUUUUACUGAGACCAAGGGUUGUGCUUCUGACCUUUCUGGGAUAUUGCCUGGAGCGCGUGCUUUGCAUGGAGAUAUUCAACAAGCCACCCGUGAGGUCACAAUCGCUGCUUUCAGGGCCGGCAAGUUCAUGACUUUAGUAGCCACCAGUGUGGCAGCCCGUGGUUUGGACAUCAAUGACGUCCAGUUAAUCAUUCAGUGUGAACCUCCACGAGAUGUAGAAGCUUACAUUCAUCGUUCUGGGCGUACUGGAAGGGCUGGCAACACUGGAGUUGCUGUAAUGCUUUAUGAUCCAAGGAAGCAUAACAUCUCUAGAAUAGAAAAAGAUGCUGGUGUGAAAUUUGAGCACAUAUCGGCUCCUCAAGCCACCGAUAUUGCAACUUCUGUUGCUCAUGAGAUAUCUGCAGCAAUCCUUGAAGUUUCCGACAGUGUUAUUCCAGCAUUUCAGUCAGCAGCUGAGCAGCUCAUUAAAACCUCUGGACUCUCUCCUGUUGACCUUCUUUCAAAGGCCCUUGCCAAAGCAUCUGGGUAUACUGAAAUAAAGAGUAGGUCGCUUCUUAAUUCCAUGGAAAACUAUGUUACCGUACAACUCGACGCUGGAAAACCAGUCUAUUCACCAUCGUUUGUGUUUGGCGUUCUGAGGAGAUUCUUGCCCGAAAAUCAGGUUGAAGCUGUGAAAGGUGUAACUCUUACAGCAGAUGGGAGGGGUGCAGUGUUUGAUGUGCCUACUGCAGAUCUAGAUGCAUAUCUUGCUGGUCAGGAAAAUGCAGCAAAUGUGAGUAUUGAAGUUCUGAAAGAAUUGCCCAAGUUGCAAGAGAAGGAAGGCGGCAACAAUAGAUUUAGAGGUGGUGGCGGUAGAGGAUAUGGUGGCGGCGGUAGAGGAUAUGGUGGUGGCGGCGGUAGAGGAAGAGGAGGUGGUGGUAGCUGGGGAGGAGAUCGAAGAGGAGGUGGCGGCGGCGGCGGCAGAUGGGGAAGGUAAUAAUUUCCUAGUAUGAUGAUAACUUUCUUUGAAGGAAUCAUUUCCUGGAGAUAAGAUUGUUUUAGCCUCAUUAUAUGGAAAUUAUGAAUAUCUUUCUGGAGGAACUGUGGCCUCAACGUGGGCCUUUUUGGACGUGUGGGAAGUAUACUUUUAUCAGCAGCAACAACAACGCAUCAUAGUUUUUUGCUCUGGGUUAAGUAUCAGUUCACUGGAGGAUUAAGAUUCUAAAUUUAUGUUGGUAGUAAUAUUGCAUGCUCAUUUUGGUUUUCAUGUCUUAAAUUUUUGUUGCUGGAUUUUGUCCCCUUUCCAGCUUUACUUGAGAAAUUCAGAUACAACAAGUCUCUUUACUAUAGUAAUGUUUAUUUAUCAUUUUCUGUCAUAAUUUGUAAAACUUGUAGUAGAGAUGAGCUUUGAUUGAGAAUAUACUUCUGCAGUUUCUAUGUUAAAGAUCAUGAAACUUGUCUA